AUGAUGGGAUUCUUCGGCAUCGCCUGGGCUUUCUGUUCGCUACUCCUGGAAGUGGUGCUGUUCUGGUUCAAGGUAAGCUGUCUUCUCUUCCGGCUCGCGUCUGCGCAACCCGAGGCGGUGCUCGCUGACGACGAGGUACAGAAGCUCGGAGGCUGGUGGAGGACCAAGAGCGUCCUGGACGAGUGGCUCGAAUCUUUGCGCAACGCCGAGGUCUACGAGGACUGGGAGCACGCCGCGUUGCAUUUGGACAACAUCAAGGAGCUCAAUCUCUGGCGCAACGACCCUUCCUCUCGUUCGUACGACUGGGGUCUCAUUAACCAGCGUCUCGAGUCUCUGAUCGCCGCGCGCGAGGAGACGGACCUUCAGGCUUUACUCGAUCUUGUUCGCGCCGGCCUCGUGCGGAACCUCGGCAACAUCACGUCCCCGAGACUCUACAAUCGCUCAUUCGCCGGCACAAAGUAUCUGAUUGAGGAAUACAUCGCACAGGUCGUCGAGGCCAUCCAAGAAAUCAACCUUCGCUCGUCGUCGACAGCUGCUCCGUUGAUUGAUAGUAAUGGUGAUGACGACGUUGGAACUCCGGUGCUAAACUUGUCGACGCAGCGUAAGCUGGACUUCCUCCACGACACGAGGCAGGCUUUUGGGCGGACAACGCUGGUCUUACAGGGCGGUGCUAUAUUUGGAUUGUGUCACCUAGGCGUCAUAAAGGCGUUAUUCCUCAGAGGCCUUCUUCCUCGUAUCAUUACCGGCACGGCCACUGGUGCUUUGAUUGCAAGUCUGGUCGCCAUACAUACCGAGGAUGAGCUGCCCGGUAUCUUAAAGGGAGAUGGGAUUGACCUUUCAGCCUUUGAGGCGCAUGCGCACCACGGACAGCAGACUGGGAAACAGAGUCUUGAAUACGGUUGGGAGACCUUGCUGCGCCGGAUCAAGAGGUUCAUGAAGGAGGGCUACUUCCUUGACGUCAAAGUUCUCGAGGACUGCGUCAAGGCGAAUGUAGGAGAUUUGACCUUCGAAGAGGCCUACAACCGAAGCAAAAGGGUGCUAAAUAUCACGGUCGCUACCGAGGGUCAAGAAGGGGUUCCAACCCUCCUCAACUACAUAACCGCGCCCAAUGUGUUGAUAUGGACAGCUGCCGUAGCUUCCAACGCCUCGACUCCUUCGCUUUACGGAAGUCGAGGGACAACAGUCCUGUGCAAGGACGUAAACGGCGAGAUUGUGCCGUGGGCUCCGGCGAACACUUUCCGUCACUAUACUUCCUCGACCCCGAUGACUUCAAACAAAGACCACAAGAGCCCUCUGGCUCGCAUAGCCCAGCUCUUCAAUGUCAAUCAUUUUAUAGUCUCUCAAGCACGGCCUUAUUUGAUUCCGUUUCUUGAGUCAGAUAUGCAUGGGCCGUCAUUGUUCGCAGCCCGCCACAAACGCGCUCAGAUUACCGGACACAUCAUACGUAUGAUCGGCCUGGAAAUCCGGCAUCGAUUGAGGCAGCUGGACACGCUGGGACUGCUGCCACCCACCAUACGGCGCUUUCUGGUCGAUGAGGAGGUUCCAGCUGCCAGCAUGACUUUUGUGCCCAAGGUGACCGCGGGCGAUUUCAUGCGCCUUCUGGAAACACCAACCAGGGAGACUCUCGACUACUGGAUUCUCCGCGGAGAGCGCAGUGUCUGGCCGGCCGUGUGUGCUUUGCGCAUCAGAUGUGCCAUGGAAUUUGAAAUCGAGAAAUCGUAUCAACGUGCUCGCUCACUAAAGGCUGGCGGACUGCGCAGGAAAGCGAGCACCCACGCGGCAUCCGGUGUCCUCCCGCGCACCUCUCCAGACCGCAUGUCACCCGAGAAAAACGGUCUGCGUGACGCGGGGCCUACAAAGGGUACGGCCUAG